AAAAAUUGCGUCAUAAAGCGCGCAUCUUUACUUACGGCAAAUCAAUUCGUUUUCUGGCAGUGUUUGAAAAAAUGACUGUACGUUUGUGAACAUAGUUUUGUUUUGUCGCUGGACAAUUACGAUUUAAAUGUAGUAAUGCGAACAUUAGAGACAAAAAGGAAAACAUAGUCGAAAUAUGGCCAGUACUAUGAUAGCGGUUGGCCUGACAGUAGCAGCGGCAGGAUUUGCAGGCCGGUAUGCUGUUCAGGCAAUGAAACACAUGGAGCCUCAGGUGAAACAAGCAGUGCAGAGCCUGCCAAAAUCUGCCUUUAGUCGAUACUACAGAGGUGGAUUUGAACCGAAAAUGUCCAAGAGAGAGGCGAGUCUAAUUUUGGGAGUAAGUCCCACUGCUAAUAAAAGUAAGAUCAGAGAUGCUCAUAGAAAAAUAAUGGUGCUCAACCAUCCAGACAGAGGUACGGUGGAUCCCCUUAUCUUGCGGCCAAAAUUAAUGAAGCUAAAGAUUUACUUGACGAUCAUGCCAAGAAAUAAAGAAGACUCAAUUUAAUAUUGUACAUAUAAUAGCAGGGAUAAAUGUGAUUUUUGAUUACUAAAAUUGAAUAAAGAUUAUACAGGUUGUUUUUUUUAAAUUACCUUUGAGAUAAAUCCAUGUAAUUUCUAGACACAUACAGUUGGCACCGCUUAAUCAGGAUUGCUGCUUAAAUGGGAUACCUCUGGGAGACGGUGUUCUUCCCAGUGAUAUUUAGGUCAUUUAAGUGGGAUACGGUAUUUUCAAAUGAUGAACGGAGAUUGCUUUUCGUGUAGCACAGUGCAGCGAGUACGUGAUUACCCUGCGACUUGCAUAAACCACGUUGAAGUCUUGAAGGAGUCGUCUCCUGUGGUUUCUCAGGCUGCUGUUGCAAAGAAUGUUGGCAUGUCAACAUCACAGGUGCAAUUAAUUUUGUUUAGGAAUAAUAAUAAUAAAAAAAAAAACUUAAAUGAUGUGUUUAACAUUUUA